AUGGCAUCUACAGCGAACGCAGCGCCUCCCGAGGUGGCGGAAAACGGAGAAAAGCCAACUAGGAAUCCGAAAGGUCUCGGGCCAGCGCUGCCGGGGCGUCCGGGCAAAGGGGCGGCGGGCGGCGGCAGCGGCAGCGGCGCCGCCCCGGCCGCCGGCGAGCUGGCGCCCUCUGAGCCGCAGCAGCAGCGGCCAGCAGCAAAGGCGAAUGGCGUCGCUGCGGCGGGUAAGGGGGCCGCGGAAAAGGUUGGCGCUGGUGGGAGCCAGAUCCGGCCGUUUCUGCCAGCCAGAGGGAAGGCCGCUGCCAAGGGCAACAGCAGCAGCAGCAGCGGAGGGGGCGUCGAUGCAAAUCCAUCAGAGCAGCAGCAGGAGCACCAUCAGAAGCAGCCGCAGGAGCAGCAGCAGCAGCAACAUCAUCCCAGCAACAGCGGUGCCGCGGGCGCCCGCGGCGCCUUCUCGCCCGCUGCCAAGCCAGCCGCGGUGGCGGCGGCGGCGGCAAGCCCGGGUGCGCUGUCGGCCGCGCCCCGCGGCGGCAUGCCGUCGCUGCCGCAGCGGCUGGCGGCCAGCAGCAGCUGCGGCGUGAUCGACCCGGAGGAGCCGGAAGCUACGCAGAAGCUGCGCGUGCAGCUGCACGGGAUACGGGUCAACCUGAUACGCAUCGCGAAGCGGCUGGGCUACGACCACGAUAACGGGAUAGUGAAGCAGGUGCUGUACAGGUUCUACUUGGCUGAGAAGCUCAAGGAGCCGUUCCGCAAGGGGGUCAGGAGGCCGGACCCCGCAGUGCUGGCAGCCAGGGAGGCCCUGCGCCUGGAGGAGGCGGAGGGCCCCUCGUCGCCGCUGGGGCUGCGGAUCAAGAUCCUCGUGAUCGGCCUGGCGGGGUCGGGCAAGACGCAGCUCAUUCGCUCGCUGCUGGGGGGGCCGCUCGCGGACAACCGGCCGCAGGGCGGCGGGCGCAUAGACGCUGUCGACGCGUUCAGCGGCACCACGACGCGCGUGCAGACCCCCCUUGACCCCCUUCCCUCACGAUAA